UGCGGAGACGGUGAACACGGGCGAUGGUGGGAUAAAAGUUGUGAGGAGGAGGUGCUGACGGUGAAACCUGGAGGAAUGACUUUUUAAAGAACGCGUUUCCAGGGAGAGUUUGUUCGUGAGGGGGUUUUUAGUUGUGCAUUAUCCGAGCGGAGGUCUCCCCCUCUCUCUCUCUCUCCGCUCCCUCGCUCCCUCCGUCGUUCCUCCUCCACUCCACUCUCUCUCCGUGGGUUCAGCACCGGGCAGCCCAGUCAGUUUGAUGCCCGGAGCCGGGAGGCUGGUCGAGAUGGGUCGAGCCACUUUCAGGACCGCGGAGAGCUCCGGACUUCUGCUGCUUCUCUGUGCGGCGGUUCUGUCCGCGGCUCUGGCUCAGCAGGAGGGCGAGAACCUCUCCGGACUCUCCAACAACCCGGACAAAGCCAUAUUCGCGGUUCGAGAAAACAGCACCACGUGUCUGAUGGUGGAGUUCGCUGUUAAAUUCCUGGUGCCGUACGAUGUGCUGGCGCUCAACGGGAUUGACCUGAUCACCGAGCAGGCGUCCUUCACUCUCCCACGGAGCGCAGAAAUCGAGGGGAAAUGUGGAACCACCGAGUCAGAGAUCCACAUCUCCUGGAAGAACAGAGCCUACACGCUCCGCAUCUACUUCUCCAAGGAGUUCCGCGAAAAAGGCGUCGAAGUGUGGAAGAUCAGCAAGGUGCAGUUCGUCUAUGACACGUCCGAGACCACGCAUUUCAUCAACGCUUACAACCCUGGAAAACACACAGCGAGCACCCACCGUCUCUCCGCUCUGGUGACCCCUGCUGGACGCUCCUACUUGUGCACGGCUCAGCAGACGCUCACGCUCAUCUCCAGCGACCACCAAAAGGGCGUCACCGUCUCCAUGUACGACAUCCAGAUCCAGCCCUUCGACAUCUCCUCGGACUUCAUUUUCGGCGAACCCUACAAGUGCAUCACGGACCAGCGUGAGCGCCUGGAGGAGACCCUGCCCCUCAUCCUGGGCAUGAUCUUGGGCCUCAUCAUCGUCAUCACGCUGGUGGUCUACCACUUCCACCUCAAGCUGACGGCCGCUCAGCCGCAGCUGCCCAGAGAUCGCUCCAUGUACAAGAACAUGUAGCCGUCAGCAGCACGCCGGAGCGCCCCCUACAGCAGCACAGAGGAGGGUCUCCAGCAACCCCCCACCGAUCCCCUCAACCUCUGUCACCGGCCCAGCAGAACUGCCAAGGAACUUUGUUUGGGGCCCGGAUGUAGUUGAAGGGUAACGCCAACCAAUCUGAUGCCAUAAAUGACCUGGAACUCUCUGUGACCUUUACUAACUUUGGAGUUCAUCUGCUGCUAUCGUGCGUGUUUUCCGUCCACAUCCUUCUUGGGUUCAGUGUUUCGAAUGCCGCCAUAGUGACCGUGGUCCGUCUCGUCGUGUGUCCCGCGCAGCCUCCUCCCGCCAACAUAUCAGCGUCAGAGAAAGUGUCUGUGAGGUUGUGGGCUGAAGGUUCAACAUGAUAUUUUCACUAACAAAGUCUAUGCAUAUAAAACUAAAGCUGACACGA